GCGGAAGGAGUCGGCUGUGAGCGUGCCGUGCGCAAACCGCGUGUGGCGCAGCGCAGAGAGGAGGAACCGAAAAUAAACAGCAACGAGUCACGUCGCCGAGUUGUAGGGUGCAGUCAGAGGCUAUGAGCAGCAACGAGUGUUUUGGUUGCGGCCGCACCGGCCACUGGAUCAAGAACUGCCCGAAUGCUGGCCGUGGCCGGGGAAAGGGCCGUGGCAGAGGGAAAGAUCUUUUCUGCUAUCGCUGUGGAGAACCAGGCCACGUUGCGAGGGACUGUGAGAGGACCGAGGAUGCGUGCUACAACUGUGGCAGGGGCGGCCACAUCUCCAGGGACUGCAAGGAGCCCAAGAAGGAGCGCGAGCAGGUCUGCUACAACUGCGGCAAAGCCGGCCACAUGGCCCGCGACUGCGACCACGCCAACGAGCAGAAGUGCUACUCCUGCGGCGGCUUCGGACACAUCCAGAAGGGCUGUGAGAAAGUCAAGUGCUACAGGUGCGGAGAGAUCGGCCACGUCGCCGUACAGUGCAGCAAGGCCAGUGAAGUCAACUGCUACAACUGCGGAAAAUCUGGCCACGUGGCGAAAGAAUGCACCAUCGAGGCCACCGCUUAGUCCCGUCUCCUCGUUCGCCCCUCCUUUUUCUGAUUGAUGGUUGUAUUAUUUUCUCUGAAUCCUCUUCACUGGCCAACGGUUGGCAGAUAGAGGCUAUUCCCAGGCCAGUGAGCUCUUGACAUGUAAAAGGAGGAAAGGGGUGGAAAAAAACUUUCCACUUUCUGCAUUUAAUACAAAAAAAUGUUUGUUUAGUUUGGUAGAGGUGUUAUGUAUAAUGCUUUGUUAAAGAACCCCCUUUCCGUGCCAUGGUAAAAAAGAACCAUACAGAGAUCAGGGAAGCGCUCGCUUCUGAAUGAUUUGCAUUUUUUGUUUUAGCAAUGAGACUGAGGUAGCCUACGAGUGAUUGACCUGGAAAAGCAGCACAGGACACAUACGGUCAGGUCUAUCCAGGCCAAACCAGCAGUACGCAGCUAUGUGGAGAAAACACCAACAACAACAAAAUACAAAACGUGUAACAUAGCAUAUUCUGGAAACCUUGUGUAAUAAUAGAUUCAGAAAAUGACAUCCUUUGUAAAACGGGCUGUUUGAUCAUUCGAGACAGCCGCGACGUCGAAAACCUAGUUCAGGAUCCCAAGCGAUACGGAGGGAUGGCGUUUAGGUCGCUCUACCCAAGGUGGAAACUUCAAUAAAAUAACAAUAAAAGAAGAAAGAAAAAAAAAAAAGGUCAUAAAACAGAUUUGGAGUUGGAAGAAAGGUGAAUGUUUUCACAGAAAUCAAAAUGUUAUUUUUGUACAAUAUCACGCAAGACUACUCUAAAAAUAAUAAUAAAAAAACUAUCAUUUGCUUGUACUCUGUUUUUAAGUCGGAAGGUAAAUGCAAUUGAAGUUCUAGGACAUAGAAAUGUAAUUUUAAACUAUCAAUAAAUCUGGAGGAGGAAGGGGUGUGAA